CCCACUGCAUGUGAGCAGACAGACACUUCGCAGGCGGUUACUGUAUUAGGAAAAAAUUAGUGCUGUGAGAAAAAGAUGAUUCGUAUGGGGGGCUCAGCGUUCCUUAGAGAGUUGCUACAGCCCGGGCUUAGAAAGCCUCUCGCCACAGCAUUUACUCCACGGACUCUCCGCAGUCUCGCCGGGGUAGUACCACCCGCAGGAGGCGAUGGUGGUGGAGAUGGCAGCAAGUCAUUGUGGCGGACAACCGCUCGUAUGACACCCAACAGAUACUUCUGCUCCAAGUCUGAAGUCACUACCGCCGAAGAAAGUACUAAGACUCAACCGGGCGACCAGGACGCAGCAAUCAAGGCAGCAAAGGAGAACAAGAUGAAUAAACCAGGACUCUUGCCUAGUUUGGAGGAUUUGCUCUUCUAUACCAUUGCUGAAGGUCAAGAAAAAAUACCAGUUCAUAAAUUUAUCACGGCAUUAAAGUCUACAGGGCUGCGUACAUCUGACCCAAGGCUUAAAGAAUGCAUGGACAUGCUGCGACUGUCUCUUCAAACCAUGUCUGAUGGAGUCAUGCUGGACAAAGAGCUCUUUAAAAAGUGUGUCCAAAGCAACAUUGUUCUGCUCACACAGGCAUUCAGAAGAAAGUUUGUCAUUCCUGAUUUUAUGUCUUUCACCUCGCAUAUUGAUGAGCUUUAUGAAAGCGCUAAGAAGUUAUCAGGUGGAAAGGUUGCUGAUUACAUUCCUCAACUGGCUAAAUUUAGCCCAGACCUGUGGGGAGUUUCCAUUUGCACUGUUGAUGGUCAGAGGCAUUCGGUAGGUGAUACCAAAGUACCAUUUUGCCUUCAGUCUUGCGUGAAGCCUCUGAAAUACGCCAUUGCAGUUAAUGACCUCAGCACAGAGUAUGUUCACAGAUAUGUUGGAAAAGAACCAAGUGGCUUGCGGUUCAACAAACUCUUUCUGGACGAAGAUGAGAAACCACACAACCCCAUGGUGAAUGCUGGAGCUAUUGUGAUCACUUCUUUAAUUAAGCAAGGCUCAAGUAACGCAGAAAAAUUUGAUUAUGUGAUGCAGUUCCUGAAUAAGAUGGCUGGUAAUGAGUAUAUUGGAUUCAGUAAUGCCACGUUUCAGUCAGAGAGAGAGAGUGGAGAUCGCAAUUUUGCAAUUGGAUAUUAUCUGAAAGAAAAAAAGUGUUUCCCUGAACAUACGGAUAUGGUUGCAACACUAGACUUCUAUUUUCAGCUGUGCUCUACUGAAGUGACUUGUGAAUCAGCCAGUGUUAUGGCAGCAACUUUGGCAAAUGGUGGCUUCUGUCCAAUAACAGGUGAAAGGGUCCUAAGUCCCGAGGCUGUCAGGAACACGCUAAGCUUAAUGCACUCCUGUGGAAUGUAUGACUUCUCCGGGCAGUUUGCUUUUCAUGUUGGUCUACCGUCUAAAUCUGGAGUUUCGGGUGGCAUCCUUCUAGUUGUUCCUAAUGUUAUGGGAAUCAUGUGCUGGUCUCCUCCACUGGAUAAAUUGGGAAAUAGCGUCCGUGGAAUUCAGUUCUGCCAGGAUUUGGUAUCUCUGUGCAAUUUUCAUAACUACGAUAACUUAAGACACUUUGCAAAGAAGCUUGAUCCUCGCCGGGAAGGAGGUGAUCAGCGGGUUAAAUCCGUAAUAAACCUUCUGUUCGCUGCUUUCACAGGAGAUGUUUCGGCCCUUCGAAGGUUUGCUUUGUCAUCCAUGGAUAUGGAGCAACGUGACUAUGAUUCCCGCACAGCGUUACAUGUAGCAGCUGCAGAAGGUCAUGUAGAAGUUGUGCGUUUCCUGCUGGAAGCUUGCAAAGUCAAUCCCUUUCCAAAGGACAGAUGGAAUAAUACUCCUAUGGAUGAAGCUAUGCACUUUGGACACCACGAUGUAGUCAAAAUCCUUCAAGAAUACCAAAAUAAUUAUGUUCCCUCAGAAGAUCCAGACAGUGGGAAGGAAGAUCAGACAGUCCAAAAGAACCUAGAUGGGCUGCUAUAAAGGUGUCCUUCACACACAGAUCAUAUAUUUGCACUUGUUUAAUUUGUAGGAGCCUAUGACGUGUGUUUUUUAUCUUAUAGUGAUGUAUAUUUUAAACAAAGUCUGUUUCUGUGUUAUUUUUUUUGUGGGACACUCAGGAUGAAAUUUAAGGAAAAGCAACAAAGGCAAAGCCUCUCUUCUUUAACCUUUUCUGCUGUCAACCAGGUAUGCAAUGCAAAGACACAUAUGGCAGGCAUCCCUGGCAGCACAUGGUUAAUGGGACUUAUGCUGCAUAGAUUUGCCUACUUUAUACUAGAUUUCUAUAUGUUUGUUAUAGAAAUAGAAUUAUACACAGGUAACCCCUGAAAGAUUAUUAGAUACUAUUGUGUAAGGCUGUGCUUUCCAUUGCAGUAUAUUAGAAUUUCACUAUUUUGUAUGUUCUUAUGUAUCAAAUAGUAAAAUGUAUUUUGGGAUUGGAAAUUGUUGCUGAUGGGGAUGUGAGUUGAUGUUGCUGUCUCUCAGGUGAUAUAAAGCCUAGCAAAGUUAUCCCUUGCUGCAAAAUGGGGCCGUGCUUUAAAGGGGAAUAACCUUAAUAUUUAAUUGAAAGUAUUUACAAAUAAUAAUUUGGACUAGGGCAUUAUCCCAGAAAUAAAUUGUCACUCCUAGAUUUUUUUGAAAAUGUAUUUUAAAGUACUUUAUUUAUAUAAAGUUAAUAAGAUCACAUGGAUGUUUUUGAUGUGUUGCUAAAGUAGCGCAAAUCUUUAAUUUGAUGAUUGUAGCCAAUACCUACUAAAACUAUGUGUUAAUUGUAAAAGAUCUGUCACCCACUCUAUUUGCAGCUGCUGAAGUAGUCCCUUUUGUUGAUCUAUUUAUAAUGUGGGUCGCUUAUACUGAGUAUCUUUUCCCCAAACCUUACAUAAUCCAAAUCCCCUUAUAUAAGUGAAGAUAAUAUGAACAUAUUUUUAAUGCAUAGAUGUGCUUUUAAUAUAAAAUUGGAUUGAUAUUGUUUUUGAGGACACAAAUUCAGCUCUAAGACAAAUGCUUAAUUGAUAUGAGUUGAGGUUUACCAGAUGGCUAGUGACACUAAACUUGUGAUACAGAACCUCAAUGGAGGUCUGUGAAAUAUAUUGAACACGUUCCCAGUGCCUGCUUACUAUGAAUGCACAGUAGCUCUGUCACAAAUGUACUCCUGACUAGUGAUCCCUCUAAGGCCAGUUUGUUUGCAGCCCAGCAGUGAAACAGUUAAUUAGGUAACCGCACCCUCCAAUUUGAAAACACUGCACAAUGCAGACUGCAAGGUUUGGUUCUCUUGGGCCACACACAAAACUGGCCUUAGAGGGAAACGCUGCUCCUGACCCCCUAGUGCUUGAGGUAGGGAGAUAGUAAAGCGCUAAUGCACAUGCACAGAGUGCAUUGUGCCUUCGUCAGCAAGAUCUUGUUUUUUUACUCACAAUGACUCCAUUAAUAGCUUCCCUGUCUCCCUAUAUGCAGUCUUGGAUGCUCAUCUGUGACAGCAGACAGUGCCUGCUCAGCUAAAACACAAUCUGACUGGCUACAUCAACCUGUCAUAGAUUAGCACAGAUUUAAAAAAAACAGGAUUAAGGGAGGUUAUAUAUAAUUGUCCACUGGAAGGGGGAUUUACAAUUAACACAUUACUUCUAUGUCCCUCAAAGAAUUUGGUGUUACAAGAUGCGUAAAUGUAUUUGUGAUAUUUUAUAUGUAUGUUGUUUUUAGCUAAGAAAAUGCGCACAUAGAUUUUUAAGACUGCUUUGUCUUGUAUUUAUGUCAGACCAUUAGGAUUUUUUUUUUGUUACAUGUGAAUGUACUUUCAGUAUUUAAGUAUGUGUAAAAGAAAGAACACAUGGCUUUUAAAGGCCAAUAAUGUUUAAAGAUAGUGCAACUUAAUAUACUUAAAUAUAUAAUUACCAUGAUGGAAAUUAAAUGUCAAAUUGUAAUUAUAAAAUGUAUUAGAAAUAUUUAUAAAUGUAAAAUCUGAUAAUUAAAUAUUUAUUAUACUAUAUUUGGUGCUGCGGUGAACAGGAAUUGGUUAGAUUUUAGAAAUUAACCCAAAGAAAAAUACGUUUAAAUAAGAGUUUAUUUUCCAAAGAUACUUGUUACGAGAUUAAUUUAUUAAAUCCAAAUAUAUUAUUACAA